AUGAACUUCAGUUUUCAAUUCCUCGACAUUACAACCAACCCUACUGUAAAUACUAUCUAUGGUACUAUAUUAUCGAUACCAUGGACCAGUGAACUAUGGUUAGUUUCACUAAUUGGAUUUCAUUUUCUCACAUCCAUAUGUGUAAUUACUUUCCGCAAGUGUACAAAUUUGUUGCUGUGUAUUUUGCUUAUUUCCCUUGGUGCUGUUUGGUUUUCACACCGGAUUAAUGAAUUCGCUGCUAAUAACUGGAACUUGUUCGCUACUGAGCAAUAUUUUGAUAGUUAUGGAUAUUUCAUAUCUUGUAUUUGGAACAUUCCUGUUAUUUUAA